AUGAGCAACGCUGCCAACCUCGACGUCGAUGUCAUUGCCGAGGCCGACCACCGCGCGGCUGGCUUUGACGACAAGACCCCUCACGCCGUCGACAUCCGAGGCGACGAGGAGUACGAUGACUUCCCUACCGAGGAAGAGCUGCGCACUCUGCGCCGUGUCUCCGGAAAGAUCAAGUGGAGCAUGUACACCAUUGCCUUUGUUGAGCUUUGCGAGCGUUUCUCCUACUACGGAUCUUCCGUCCUCUACACAAACUUUGUGAACCGCCCUCUUCCCCCGGGAUCAACCACUGGCUCUGCUCCUCAUGGCCUCCCCGGUGCCCUGGGAAUGGGCCCCAAGGCUGCUCAGGGCAUCAGCUUGUUCAACCAGUUCUUCGCCUACAUCAUGCCUCUUGUUGGUGCCUGGAUUGCUGAUGCUCGCAUGGGUCGUUUCUGGACUCUUCACCUUGCCAUUGGUAUCUCCACCAUUGCCCACGUCAUUCUCGUCGCCUCUGCCGCUCCUGGUGUGAUCGUGAAGAAGGACAGCGCUUUUGCCGCCUUCAUCAUUGGUCUCAUCUGCCUCUGCGUUGGUACUGGUUUCUUCAAGGCCAACGUCUCUCCCCUGCUUGCCGAUCAGAACGAAGAUAGACGCAUGCGCGUCGAGACCCUUGCCUCUGGCGAGAAGGUCAUCAUCGACCCUGCCGUCACCAACACCCGUAUCUUCCUCUACUUCUACUUUGCCAUCAACAUCGGAUCUCUUGCCGGUCAGAUUGCCAUGGUCUACGUCGAGAAGUACGUCGGCUUCUGGGUUGCUUUCCUCAUCCCUACCGGCAUGUUUCUGCUCGCCCCCGUCGUCCUGUGGAGCCAGAAGAAGAACUACCGCCUGCAGCCCCCUACCGGAUCUCUGCUCCAGAAGUUCAUGCAGAUGUUCUUCUAUGCCCGCAAGAGGUCAAAGGGCUUUUUCAAGAUCGACUGGGACGUUGUUCGCCCCUCUCGCAUCGCCAUCUCUGACCGACCCGCGUGGAUGACUUACGACGAUGCCUGGGUUGACGAGGUCCGCCGUGGUCUCAUGGCCUGCAAGGUCUUCCUCUUCCUGCCCGUCUUCUUCCUGGCCUACAACCAGAUGACUGGUAACCUGACCAUCCAGGCUGGUACCAUGGAGCUGCACGGUGUCCCCAACGACAUUAUCCAGAACCUGAACCCCAUCUCCAUUGUCAUCAUGAUCCCCCUGAUCGACCACCUCCUGUACCCCGGUCUCCGCAAGAUUGGCGUCGCUUUCACCCCCAUCAAGCGUAUGACCACUGGUUUCUUCAUUGCCUCUCUUUCCAUGGUUGCCUCCGCUGUCAUGCAGUACUACAUCUACAAGAAGAGCCCUUGCGGCGAUCACGCCAACGGCACCAUCAUCGUCGACGGCGAGGAGGAGCUCUGCCCUCCUGCCCCCAUCAAUGUCUGGGCCCAGUGCUUGCCCUACAUCCUGAUUGGUUUCGCCGAAAUCUUUGCCAACGUCACCUCCUACGAGUAUGCUUACUCCAAGGCCCCCGAGAACAUGAAGUCUCUCGUUAUGAGUGUCAACCUGUUCAUGAGCGCCGUUUCCGCCGCUAUUGGCGAGGCCUUUACUCCUCUGUCCGAUGAUCCCCUGCUGGUCUGGAACUACACCACUGUCGCCUGCAUUGCCUUUGUUGGUGGUGCUGCCUUCUGGUUCUGCUUCCGUCACCUCGACUCCGACGAGGACAAGUGGAACAUGCUCAAGAAGUCCGAGUACAUUGGCCAGAACCAACCUGGUCUGGGCAAGGACGCCGACGAGGAGCCUUAA